AGCGCUGGAGAAGUCAUCUCCUUUCGCUCCUCCUUGCGUUCUCCCUUGCUAACGCGAUAAGAUAAGAUAGUCUCGCCUUGCGCUCGGUGGUGAGGGGACGGACGUGUAGUAACGCGCUUGGAUGCGGGCGACGCGCACGCUUCGCCAACGCGUCUUCAGGGGGCGAAGGAGGUGGAGGACGAGUGCUAAGGCCUCCCUCGAACGCCGGCACCAGACGAGGUCGGGAGGGAGCUCCCUCUCCGUCGCAGGACAGGAGGAUCGGGAAGGAGGGAUAAGCGGGAAGGAGCAGCGACACACGCAAGAUGGAUGGCCGACGGUUGCUCAGGCGGAGUUUGUCCUUCAAGCUGGUGCGCCAGCCCUCGUCUUCAAGGUGAGUGUUGGCGAAAGAAAAUGUUGUUCGCUGUUGUUUCCGAGAUGUUCACGCAAGGAUCCCCAGAUGUUCAAGGUAAUCAUGCUUUGUGUACGUACACCUUUCGAGGCCACACAAAACCCGGAUGAGAUUAUAGCAGCGUUGAUCCAAGGAAGAAGAACAGGACAGGAAGAAGGAAAGAGAGGGAGAAAAAAAAACUUUUUAGAAGAUUUAUAUCUUAAGCACCCGUAAUUUGCAUAAUAAAGGAGGAAUGGAGCCCCCGGAAAACGCUGUAAAAAAGAAAAAAAAAGCGAGAAUUCGGAGAGCGAAGAAGGUCGUGCACAGGCAAAGAAAGAAAGAAAAUGAGAAAGGAAGUAAGAAAGAAAAGAAGUUCCACUAUAAAGAAAAAAUAUGUCCCUGUGUUAGGAGGGGAUUUCCGGGCCGCGUCUUUUCAGGUAGGCCUAUCUGGAACCCUUUCUUGCGCCGGGUAGGCCUUUUCUUAUUUCUUUUCGUGUCCUCUGUUGAUUUCUUCCCGAGAGAGAUGAGAGACAGAGAGAGAGAGAGAGAGAGAGAGAGAGAGAGAGAGAGAGAAGAGAGAGAGAGAGAGAGAGAGAGAGAGAGAGAGAGGG